AUGGAUUUAGAAGCAACGAGAUUCUUCAAAGUUAUUUUGCCCUCAAUCACUUCCCUUCAAAAACUGAAGAUCCCCAACAAAUUUGUUAGAAGAUAUGGUCAUCAACUCUCCAAUGUUGUUAGACUUACUGAUUCUAUUGGUGCCCUUUGGUGUGUGAGACUGGAAAAGGUGGAGGAGUCUCUUUGGUUUAAUGACGGCUGGGAUAAGUUUGUUGAGGACCAUUCUGUCCGUUAUGGCUACUUUUUACUCUUUAAAUACACUGGAAAUUCAAAUUUUAAUGUUCAUGUAUUUGACUUGACAGCCACUGAGGUUUACUAUCCGCCAAAUGGUAAGCGUAAGUUUGAAAAAACAAAUACACAGAAGAAUUCUAUCUCUGAUGACUCUGUAAAAAGUUUAGAUCCCUUCACUGGUAAACCAUUGAUUCCCCCUAUAGUGGAAGAGCACAGUGAUGAUGACUCUGUUAAAAUACUAUCUUCCAUCGGUGGCAAACCAGUGGCCUGCCCCUCUAGAAAUGAAUUCAUGGGUAAUGCAACUAGUGAUCAUCAGACCAUGUAUGAGUUGUCUUUUUCUUCAACUGAAUUUGCCCAUAAAGUCAAAGGAGAUAAGGUAAAUUCAGCCGAGACAUCGAAAUAUCGGCAUCGUUAUCUAACACGAAGAAAAGUCAUGGCAUGUCAUGGCAAGUCAAAUACAUCUCAACCCACUAAACGAGUCUUAGAUAAAUCACUUCACCUCAACAAAAGCAAACCUAAGAAUCCCAUAACCAAGAAUGUUGGAGAGGCAAUCCCAUGUACUGAAGCCAAUCAGAAAGCUAAGUCAAGAAAAUUUUUGCCCAAGAAUCCUACGUUUACUGUCGUGUUGAAACCAUACAAUCUGUCAGGAAAGAUAUUGUGCAUGCCACCCGCAUUUCUUGCGCAUCUUUCAAGUUCUCUAAAGAGCCUUGAACUUCAUGAUUGUGAUGGUAAGAAGUGGCUGCUUAGCGUCGUCCAUCUAAGAGAAGGUAAGGUUUUGGUUUUGAACCAAGGAUUGGUGACAUUUAUUAAGGAAAAAAAACCUCAAGGCUGGAGAUACUUGUGUCUUUGA